CCGAAAGCCCAGAGGAGAGCACCAUGCCCAUGCCGCCGCCGCCGCGCGCCAGCCUCACCCCGCAAGUGCACUGGGCGCAGCGCCACCGCGAGCUCUACCUGCGCGUGGAGCUCAGCGACGUGCAGGAUCCGGACAUCACAAUUACAGAUAAUGUGCUCCAUUUCAAAGCUCAAGGCCAUGGUGCCAAGGGGGACAACGUGUACAAAUUUCAAAUUGAGUUCCUAGAACCAGUAAAGCCACAGCCAGCCUAUAAAAUGACCCAGAGGCAGUUGAACAUCACAGUGAAGAAGGAGGUGAGCCACUGGUGGGAACGGCUGACCAAGCAGGAGAAACGGCCCCUGUUUCUCGCUCCCGAUUUUGAUCGUUGGCUGGACGAAUCAGAUGCUGAGAUGGAGCUGAAAGCCAAGGAGGAAAAAAGGAUUAACAAAAUCAACAUAGAGAACAGAAUCCCCAAAGACCCUUUCCGACACUUGAAGAGAGGCUACCUGUUCAUGUACAACCUGGUGCAGUUCCUGGGCUUCUCCUGGAUCUUCGUGAACAUGACGGUGCGGCUGUUCGUGCUGGGGAAAGAGUCCUUCUUCGAUACUUUUCACACGAUGGCGGACAUGAUGUACUUCUGCCAAAUGCUGGCGUUCAUGGAGAUUGUGAACACCUUGAUAGGUCUAGUCAGAGCUCCUCUAGCACCUGUAGUUCUCCAGGUCUGUGGGAGGAAUUUUAUUUUGUUCUUUGUCCUUGGUGGCGUGGAAGAAAUGCAAAGCAAAGCGGUCGUGUUCUUCAUCUUCUACGUUUGGAGCUCGGUGGAGAUAUUCAGGUAUUCGUUCUACAUGCUCUCCUGCAUCGAUAUAGAAUGGAAGAUUCUGACAUGGAUUCGAUACAGCAUCUGGAUGCCCCUCUACCCUCUCGGAAUCUUAUCGGAAGCUGUGUCUGUGAUUCAGGCCAUUCCAGUCUUCAGCAGCACCGGGACUUUCAGCUUCACCUUGCCCCAUCCACUGAACUUCACCAUUCCAUUUUCAGUUUUUCUUCAACUCCACCUUGUGUUCUUAUUCCUAGCGCCGUUUGUGAAUUUCCGUCAUCUCUACAAGCAACGGAAGCGUCACCUUGGACCAAAAAAGAGGAAAAUGCACUAGGCCCAAUACUGGAAACGUUUCUUGUUCUAAUCUACCUUGAAGGCAGGUUUAGGGCUCUUGCAUUCCCUAACAAUUUUACUUGCCCUGUUAAUCUGAAAUCCAAUUUUGUACAGUUAUACCAACAUGUGUCUUCCCUCUCUCUCUCUCUCUCUCUCUCUCUCUCUCUCUCUCUCUCACUCACAUACACACACACACACACACACGUGCAAAAGUGUCCAGGUAACGUUCUUCCCAUUCGCCACCUGCUAGAUUCAACUACUCUUUGGUCAGUAGUAAAACUUCAAACAAGCCCAGCAACCUUAUUUCUUUGAUAUGCAAAUAAACAGAGCACUUAGUUAGAACAAAACGUCCCUCAGUAAGAGGAGAAUAGGGGCCAUGUAUGUAAGCAAAAUUUCCCAGUCAGCAAGUUAUUUUAAUUGUUUUUUGAGCCCAAAACAAGGAGCGGAGAAACAAGAAGGUCAACAGCUGAUUAGUGAUGCCCUGAGAGGGAUCGUAUUAAGAAUCCUGUCUUGUUGCCAUAGGUGACGGGCAGUGCUCUGAGGCCUGUCCCCUUCCUUCCCUUGACCCUGUAGUGGAAUCCACUCGCUUGGGGUACAGAACGCCCCUCUGGCCUACAUUUGCUAAUGGUGUCCUCUUACUAGGUUCUUUACACCCACAUUCUAACCGCCUUGACCCAGAAGUAAGUCCCAUUGGUUUACAAUAUAGCACAUGCAACAAAGAGGGGAUAACCUUAACCUGACACAAUACAAAUGAAAGCAAGGCAGUUAAGGAAACAGUUUAAAAAAUGCAAUUUUAUAAACUAAAAUAUAAUGUUAAAAAUAACAUACACAGAGCAUUUCACACGUACAGUAAUACAACAAAACCAUCAAACUGCUAGACAGAAAAUGCUCAGUGGACUUAAUCCAUUUGGCCAGACGCGUUUCGACUCUUGGUCUUCCUCAGUGGCCAGUGUGCGAUGGAACAAAUGCAAACACUUGUAAGGGCCAGAGUAAAGGCAAACACUUAAUGCUGUAUUUUUUAAAAGUUUAUUUUUAAAGAUAAAGUUAAUUAGACCUCCCCAAGCUGAUUAGUGCUGUGGGCUAUUUUUCCUUUAUUGUUUGGAACUUUUAAGUCAGUCCCUUUGGAGUGUGGGAAAGAAGCAUUAUUUGUCUGUCCGUCAUUCAUGGCAAGCUGAAGUGCAGAAACUCGCUCUUCUCGGGGCUAUUUGGAGGUGAUAAUUCUGUUUUCCAUUUACUCCAGGUGGGUAAAUGUUUGGGUUUUUUUGAUCCCCCAGUCCUGGGCUGCUAGAACUGGUGUUAACCCUAACUUUCAGUAGUAGCAUAUAGCCUUUAUGUUGCGGUUCCAUCUGUUAAAUUACAGCAGAUUUCCCCAACCUUGUGCCCUCCAGAUAUGUUGGACUGCAACUCCCAUUAUCCCCAGCUAUGUUGGCUAGGGGGUUAUGGGAGUUGGAGUCCAACAUAUCUAGAGGACACCAAGUUGGGAAAGCCGGAGUUAUGGUCUAGGGUGCGGGCACUUUGUCCUGAAUCUGUAUUUGCUGGUCUUUCAAAAGGCAAAUAGAAUGUGCAUUUCUAAUAAUAAAGAUUUUAAAACUUG